GGCCAGUGGGUGACCUGCGCUCGGGGCGCAGUAUCCCGGCUGCGGAAGGAUGGCAGGGGCCGCCGGCUACUUCUCGGACGAGCAGUUCCGGGAGGCCUGCGCGGAGCUUCAGCAGCCAGCGCUGGCCGGGGCCGACUGGCAGCUGCUGGUGGAGGCCUCGGGCAUCACCAUCUACCGGCUGCUCGACCAGCCAACUGGACUCUAUGAGUAUAAAGUGUUCGGUGUUCUGGAAGGUUGUCCACCAGCUCUACUUGCAGAUGUUUACAUGGACUUAGACUACAGGAAAAAGUGGGACCAGUAUGUGAAAGAGCUCUACGAAAAGGAGUGUGAUGGACAGACAGUGGCCUACUGGGAGGUGAAGUACCCUUUCCCGUUGUCCAACAGAGAUUAUGUCUAUACCCGCCAGCGGCGAGACCUGGAUGUGGACAGGAGGAAGAUCUACGUGGUCCUGGCCCAGAGCAUCUCGGUGCCUCAGUUUCCGGAGAAGUCUGGGGUAAUCCGAGUGAAGCAGUACAAGCAGAGUCUGGCGAUUGAGAGCGAUGGCAAGAAGGGGAGCAGAGAAUGGAGUUCCAAACUUUUUGAAAGACAUGGUGAAAGCUUGUCAGAAUUACCCCAAGAAAACCUAAGAAGGAGAAUGGGACCCCAGCAUCCAUCUCUGGAUGUGCUUCAACGGAUGCUCGGCCUUCCCUCCGCUCUUUCUGUCUUCAGAGGUUUACAUGUAUCCCCAGGCAUGCUUGCCUGCUGCCUGGCUCAUUUGCCACCUUCUUCCCCACUAGUCCUUUGCAGGGCCGACUACCUUCUUCCGCUGUUGAGUGGGAGGCCUCUGCGUGGGUAUCAUUAGUUAGGGAAGUCCUCAGCAGGGACGAGGAGCAUUUUGUUGUACCAUCUCAGGGGAAUGAAUGAGAGGAGGAAGGAUGGCAAAACGUAAGAGUGACCCUUCCUGGCAAGCAGGCUCUCUUCAAAACCCUGUUUUGCAACCCAGGAGUGGCUGCUGGAGGUGGCCUUUGGUCUAUGUUUGACCUUCCAUGUCCCAACAUUGGAGACACAGUGAUGUCAGUUUUCUUUAUGCUUUGUUGACUUGGAUAGGCCGGGAUUUGAGGUAACAGGCAGGUGUUUCUACUUGUGCAGGGUCGGUGGCUGCUGUGAUAUCAGGCCAUCAUGAGCGUCCCAGGCCUGACUGAGCACAUGCUGACAUGACCUCAUUGCCCUAACUGCCCACUUCUGGAUUUUUCCUUUCCCAUAAGCCACUAGGAAAAUGCUGCCUAUACCUCUCUAGCUGUGCAUUUCCUGUGAGCCCAAGGCUUCAAGUUCAAAGCUAGCCUGAGCACAGCACUAGGAUUGUGUCCUCCUAAGUGGUAGGUGAUCUUCCCCUCUGGAACGUUUAGAGAUGUUGAAGGGACAAGACUAGUUUACAACCAGGCAAAACUUAAGUAGUGAUUUUGUGUGCCCUUUGCCUUUUACUUUCUACCUCUUCAAAGCAAGGACUCUCGGAGCCCUAGUUUUAUCCCGAAUUCUUGUAGGAAAAUAUAUUCUGUGGCCAAGACACAGUCUUGGUGAUCUCAGGGAAAAGGUCCCAUCGCUCCGCUGCUCCGUGCAAACCUCGAUGAACAGAUAUGGAAACUCAGUAUGCAAAGCCAGAAGAGAGGGGGUUGUUAAGGUGGCGUAGCGGUCCUCACAGUGCGUUCUCGCUGGGAAGGAAGGCGUGUCCUAAGAAUAAACACACAGUGACUUAUGUU